GGAAGGCGGUGCCUCCCUGCGCUUUCUCCAAAUAAGUCCCGAAAAGGGGCACUUUCCAGCAGCUGCGGCCAGCGGUGCCGACGUCAGGCCCUCCCCCAGCGGUGCUGACGUCGGCGGCCGGGCCGGGUGACCUCAUCGCCCCGACGGCGGCCGGGCCUGGGGCAGGGAGGAGCGGGGGCGGCACCGGCGCAGGCAGAGGCUCGGGGGCUGGGGCGCGGCUGCUGCAGCUUCACCAAAGCCGAUUCUAGCCAAGUCGAGCGCCCGCUGCGUGCGCCCCCGCGCCUCCUUGCCAUGGCCGGCCUCAACUCCCUGGAGGCGGUGAAACGCAAGAUCCAGGCGCUGCAGCAGCAGGCGGACGAGGCGGAGGACCGCGCGCAGGGCCUGCAGCGGGAGCUGGACGGCGAGCGCGAGCGGCGCGAGAAAGCUGAAGGAGAUGUGGCAGCUCUCAAUCGACGCAUCCAGCUCGUUGAGGAGGAGUUAGACAGGGCUCAGGAACGACUGGCCACGGCCCUGCAGAAGCUAGAAGAAGCAGAGAAGGCUGCCGAUGAGAGCGAGAGAGGAAUGAAGGUGAUAGAAAACCGGGCCAUGAAAGAUGAGGAGAAGAUGGAGAUCCAGGAGUUGCAGCUCAAAGAGGCCAAGCACAUUGCAGAGGAGGCUGACCGCAAAUACGAGGAGGUAGCUCGUAAGUUGGUCAUCCUGGAGGGCGAGCUGGAGAGAGCAGAGGAGCGUGCCGAGGUGUCUGAACUAAAAUGUGGUGACCUGGAAGAAGAACUCAAGAAUGUCACCAACAACCUGAAAUCGCUGGAGGCUGCCUCUGAAAAGUAUUCUGAAAAGGAGGAUAAAUAUGAAGAAGAAAUUAAACUUCUGUCUGACAAACUGAAAGAGGCCGAGACCCGUGCUGAAUUUGCAGAGAGAACAGUUGCAAAACUGGAAAAAUCUAUUGAUGACCUGGAAGAAAAACUUGCUCAGGCCAAAGAAGAGAACGUGGGCUUACAUCAGACACUGGAUCAGACACUAAAUGAACUUAACUGUAUAUAACCACAACAGAAGAGUCUUGUUCCAACAGAAGCUCCAGACCUCCGUUUCUUUCUCUUCUCUUGUAAGAAGUUUCUUUUGUUACUGCAUCUAAGCAAAUUAUGAGUAUGUGACCAAAUAUUUUGUAUCAGAGAAGCUUUGAGCAUCAGUUAAAUCUAAUUCCUUCCCCUCUUCCCCAAAUGGCACCAGAUUUUUUUAGCUCUAUUUUUAUCCUUAAAUUGCAUUUAUUCCUAAGCUAGUCAGGGUGUUUCCUAUUGAACAUUAGUCUCUUAAGACUGAGGGCAUAUGGUUUCUGGGAGAUUAAACAACCCCACACUUCCAAAACACAGACUCUAGUAUCUAUCUAGUCACUGGCCAAUUUAAAAGGUUGAAGAAUAGAACCACUGGGCCACCGUUGGACACACUAUAGGAGGCCAGGGACCAUCACAUUAAAAUGGGUGGGGAUUUUCCAUCCAGAGCAAAAAAAAGUUGGGGGAGAGGCUAUUGUGGGAAGUGAUAAACCAUAGAUAGAUCAAUCAUUUUGGCUCUUUUCCACACUCUACUGUGCAGAACAUCCUUUGAGCAAACAGUAUGAGAAUGCUUGGGAAAUAUAACAUUUACUCUUAUUUGAGGCCAUCCACUCAGCAGGAAUGAAUUCAGUCCUGUUCAGGAAGCCAUACCAAAAAGACUGCUAGCCUUCAAUAAUUGAGCAAGAGUAUUUUUCUCUUAAAUACCGGGCAGAAGGGUCCUCUCUGGCCGAAGAGAUAAUGUAAUCGGCCUAACUUAUCUCCUCUGUACUUUGGGAAUGGUAAAUUGAAGAUUUACUUAUUUAGGGCUUUAAUUCCUUCGUCAGGACCAAGUUAAUAAAAGACCAGGAAACUCCUGAUUCAACUGGAUAUGGAGUAUUCUGUAGACAGGGCUGCACAUUUUGGCUUUGUUACAUUUUUGCUUUCUUGGUUAACAUCUCAGCUGAAACAUUCCAUAUUCCCCAGCAGUGAGGGGGGUAACUCAAGUUUACAGUUCUGCCUAAAAAUCACCCUGAUUCUAGCUUUUUGGACUCCUCUGCCCCUCACUCCUAUUUAUUAUGCAUCACACUACCCAGGAGAUACACUAGCAAAUUGUGCAAUUGAAUAAAACCCACACUUUCCAUUUAGAUUCUUGCAACUGUAUCAUAUGUAAUAGUAUCACUUUUUCUACAUUUUGGUCAAAUAAAUUUUUACAUAAACUGUAA